AUGGGAGGUGUAUUGGUGUGGCUGCUCUUCUUCUUCAUAGCUAUUAUUCUUCUAGUUAUGGUCGUUUUCCAGCUUAUGUGCUUGGCGGAUUUGGAGUUUGAUUAUAUCAAUCCUUACGACUCAGCCUCUCGAAUAAACAAAGUUGUUUUGCCAGAAUUUAUCACCCAAGGAGUUCUAUGCUUCCUCUUCCUUAUAACCGGGCAUUGGUUUAUGUCACUUUUAUGUGUUCCAUACCUGUACUACAAUGUCAGAUUGUAUCUUCAAAGACAGCACCUUGUUGAUGUAACCGAGAUUUUUAACCAGCUCCAUUGGGAAAAGAAACAAAGACUUUUCAAGCUAGGUUAUAUUGUGCUUCUUAUCUUCAUGUGCUUGUUCUGGAUGAUUUACAAUGCUCUCGAAGAAGAUGAUUAG